AUGAGUGAAGGUGCGGCCGCUGCCUCGCCACCUGGAGCCGCUUCGGCAGCCGCCGCCUCGGCCGAGGAGGGCACCGCGGCGGCUGCGGCGGCGGCAGCGGCGGGCGGGGGCCCGGACGGCGGCGGCGAAGGGGCGGCCGAGCCCCCCCGGGAGUUACGCUGUAGCGACUGUAUAGUGUGGAACCGGCAGCAGACGUGGCUGUGCGUGGUGCCUCUGUUCAUCGGCUUCAUCGGCCUGGGGCUCAGCCUCAUGCUCCUCAAAUGGAUCGUGGUGGGCUCCGUCAAGGAAUACGUGCCCACCGACCUGGUGGACUCCAAGGGGAUGGGCCAGGACCCCUUCUUCCUCUCCAAGCCCAGCUCCUUCCCCAAGGCCAUGGAGACCACCACCACGACCACUUCUACUGCGUCCCCCGCCACCCCCUCCGCCGGCGGCGCCGCCUCUUCCAGGACGCCCAACCGGAUUAGCACCCGCCUGACGACCAUCACGCGGGCGCCGACUCGCUUUCCCGGGCACCGGGUGCCCAUCCGGGCCAGCCCGCGCUCCACCACCGCACGGAACACUGCGGCACCCCCGACAGUUCUGUCCACCACAGCCCCCUUCUUCAGUAGCAGCACGCCGGGCUCCCGACCACCGGUGCCAGGAACCCCCAGUACCCAGGCAAUGCCCUCCUGGCCCACUGCGGCAUACGCUACCUCCUCUUACCUUCAUGAUUCUACUCCGUCCUGGACCCUGUCUCCCUUUCAGGAUGCUGCCACCACCUCUUCCUCCUCCUCGUCUUCCUCCUCUACCACCACCACGCCAGAAACAAGCACCAGCCCCAAAUUUCAUACAACGACCUAUUCCACUGAGCGAUCUGAGCACUUCAAACCCUGCCGAGACAAGGACCUCGCAUACUGUCUCAAUGAUGGCGAGUGCUUUGUGAUCGAAACCCUGACGGGCUCCCAUAAACACUGUCGGUGCAAAGAAGGCUACCAAGGAGUCCGUUGUGAUCAAUUUCUGCCGAAAACUGAUUCCAUCUUAUCGGAUCCAACAGACCACUUGGGGAUUGAAUUCAUGGAGAGUGAAGAAGUUUAUCAAAGGCAGGUGCUGUCAAUUUCAUGUAUCAUCUUUGGAAUUGUCAUCGUGGGCAUGUUCUGUGCAGCAUUCUACUUCAAAAGCAAGAAACAAGCUAAACAAAUUCAAGAGCAGCUGAAAGAACCACAAAAUGGUAAAAACUAUAGCCUCAAAGCAUCCAACACAAUGGCAAAGUCAGAGAACUUGGUGAAAAAUCAUGUCCAACUGCAAAAUUAUUCAAAGGCGGAAAGGCAUCCUGUGACUGCAUUGGAGAAAAUGAUGGAGUCAAGUUUUGCCGGCCCCCAGUCAUUCCCAGAGGUCCCUUCUCCUGACAGAGGAAGCCAGUCUGUCAAACACCACAGGUACAGCAGGAGUCUGUCCUCUUGCUGCAGCCCAGGGCAAAGGAGUGGUAUGCUCCAUAGGAAUGCCUUCAGGAGAACACCCCCCUCGCCCAGAAGUAGGCUGGGUGGCAUCGUGGGACCAGCAUAUCAGCAACUUGAGGAAUCAAGGAUCCCAGACCAGGAUAUGAUACCUCGUCAAGGGAUAGAGGUCAGGAAGACUAUACCCCACCUGCCUAUACAGCUGUGGUGUGUUGAAAGAUCCCUGGACUUCAAGUAUUCAUCCAGUGGUUUAAAAAACCAACAAAAUGCAUCCAUAAAUAUGCAACUGCCUUCAAGAGAGACAAAUUCCUAUUUUAAUAGCUUGGAUCAAAAGGACCUGAUGGGCUAUUCAUCCACGCGGGCCAGUUCCGUGCCCAUCAUCCCUUCAGUGGGUCUAGAGGAAACCUGCAUGCAAAUGCCAGGGAUUUCUGAAGUCAAAAGCAUCAAAUGGUACAAAAACUCCUACUCUGCUGAUAUUGUCAAUGUGAGUAUUCCAGUCAGCGAUUGUCUUAUAGCAGAACAACAAGAAGUGAAAAUAUUGCUAGAAACUGUCCAGGAGCAGAUCCGAAUUCUGACUGAUGCCAGGCGGUCAGAGGACUAUGAACUGGCCAGCGUAGAAACCGAGGACAGUGCAAGUGAAAACACAGCCUUUCUCCCCUUGAGUCCCACGGCCAAAUCAGAAUGCGAGGCACAAUUUGUCUUAAGGAAGGAAAUACAAAGAGACUCCGCAUUGACCAAGUGACUUAAGAUGGAGGAAUCUGUGCAUUCUGUGCUUUGCUCAACAGGAAAAGAGAGGAAAUUAAAUACAAAUUAUUUAUAUGCAUUAAUUUAAGAGCAUCUACUUAGAAGAAACCAAAUAGUCUAUCGCCCUCAUAUCAUACUGUUUUUUAACAAAAUAUUUUUUUAAAGGGAAAGAAACGUUUCAGGAGGGAUAAAGCUUACCUCUAAAGCUUUUGGGUAGAAUUCUGAAUACCAUUUCAGUUAGUCCCAAUGCCGGCCUCUUUUGGCUCUUAGUAGAUGUGGGUGAUUCAGACCCUCAGCCCCACCGCACCAGUGUCCUCAUAAAAAAGCACUGGCAGUUAUCUGGUUUCAAAGAGACAAGCAGUAUCCUGAGGGUGGACGUGCCAGUGAGCAGGUGGCUCUUGCAUUUGGCUUGCUGGUCCCAACCCCUAAAUUUCUCUUCACUCGACAGCCUCCUCACAGGUUAUGUCAUGUCAACCAAUGUAGUGUUUUCUCUUUCAUUUUUGAAGAAUGACACAAAGACUGUGGAAGGGGGAGGACAGGAGAUAGAAGGAGUAAUCGGGGGCAAUCUUAGCUACUCUCAUGUGCCGGUUCCCUCUGAAAUUUGAAGGCACAGAAUCUCAGAGGGAGGUGUGAAGGAAAUUAUUAUAGAAAAAGGGAUGAGAAAAAUCACAAUGUCGUGUCACUAAAACCAUGCGAAUAGAAGUGUUUUUCUUUGAGAUUGUGUAGGGGCUCCAAAGGAGCGUUUCUCAGUGUGUGUGUGCCUGUGUGUGUGUGUGAGCGUGCGUGCACGCAUGUGCGCGCGCAUGUGUGUAUGUAUGUGUGCAUGUGCGCGCACAAACGGGCGUUGGUAUGGGCUUGCUCACUCGAGCACAGGUAUGCUGUAUGCACAUGUGUUCAUUGUGUGUAUGUGUGUGCAUGUGUGUGCAUAUUAAGCUUGCUAAAAUUUGUUCUGAAACAUCAGGGGAUUUAAUAUUCAGAAAAAAAAAUUUCCCUCUCAGAUCUGUUCACUUUAAAUUUAUCCAUUAAGUAUAAAGUUCAGUUAGUAAGUUCUUAAAUCAAGGUCACUUGCAUGGCGGGGUCCUAUAAAACUCUUGACAAUGUCAAGAUCAUUUUCUGGUGUGAAUACUUUUGAGAGGAACAACUAUUGGCUCACUAAUGAUAUCGGUAUCACAAGGCGAGUUGAGGAUGUGUGUUUAUUUUGAAUCAUGCAUACUUAAAUGAUUUACACAAGCCAAUUAUCAAAUUGACAGUUACCCUUUGCUUUCUCAUCAUCCUCAUUACUAUUUAUUUUGUAGCAAGUCUACUAUUUGCGGACCAAGACAUUGGCUUCUGUGGUUAAUAUGGAAAGAAUAAAUUGUUGAAAUCACAAAGCCCAGACUUUUCAGUUCACAGGAAGCCCCCCAAAGAACAGUAAAUUGUGUUGUAUGUUCAUUUGGAAUAAAGCAAUAUUUUUACCACUGCUAAGGUGAACUGAAACUUCUCCUGAAGAUUUGUCUGUUUUAUUUACCCUUAUUUUCAUGGGGCAUUCAAGGAAAUUAGUGUUCACAUAACCAGUCUUUUUCCAAUUAUUGGUGGUGUUGAGUUGUUAUGUUUACACUGUUUUAAAUAAAAAGGCACAGUAUUUGAAAGUUUA